AUGGUGUAUCGCUCGCUGAGCUUUGAAGGAUUUCUUUUCUAUCUGUCAACUGCCAUAUUUGUUGCAUUCAUAGCUGCCUACACCAGAGAAACCUGGCAGAGCAGAUUUCCUGUUGAGGAAUUCCACUUUUCUUCUAUUCAAAACUCUGAUGGAUUAAAAAUGAUUCUGCUUCUGAGUUUUUGGAUUGUCACAGGUCUCAUGGCAGCGGACCCAACAGCGACAUAUUAUCGACUGAAAAACAGCUCAGUGUGUCUGAAUGUCAGGAAACCGCCACCAUAUAAACGUGGUGAAUGGAAAUUUAACACAAUAAUUAUUGUUGAUGGUACAGACAUCAAUCCAAUAUACAAAGAGAGAGUGGUUUAUAGUGCUGGAAACCUCUCCCUUUGUAUUAAUAACCUGGCUGAUACAGACACUGGCAUAUAUGAAGUCUCAUACAGCCAAAACUUUCUUUCAGUGUCAGAGAAACAUCAAGUCAUUGUUCAGGAUGGGGUUCCCACACCUGUCAUUAUAAUGUCAAAGCUCAGCUCCAACCAGUCUGCUGGACUCUGCAGUAUCACAGUAAACUGCUCCAUCCAGGAUUAUUGGCUUUGGUCUGUUUGUGAUGAAGACGGCUGCAGAAGAUCUCAUAAAUCAUUCAGUGAGGUCAACAUCACCAUCUUCACUGAGAACAGAGCUGUGGUCUGCAGAGGCAACAACCAUGUUAGCACAAAUAAAGCUUCUCAAAGCUUAAUGUGUUUCAAAUCUAAUAAAGAUGAAGAGAAA